GGGGAGGUCUGUUGUACAUGCCUGAAUCAGUCAGCUACGGUCUUGCCGUUCUAAUUGAAUGGGGAUUUUCAGUAUAUUUCUGGUUUGCGGAAGCCAUUCUCAUCUGGCGUCUUUAUGCUAUAUGCAACCAAUCCAAGUUCCUACUUUAUGUUCUAGCGGGAUUGUUCUUGCCCAUCGUCGCCCUCUCAAUCUGGAUGGACAUUUAUCUAUACAGUCGACGCAACGCGUUCUCGGUGAAAGAAAUCAUAACUCCGUACGCCAAGUACUGCACUUCUUCCUUCAACAUAGGGCCUAUGCCUGCGAUCUACACUUCCAUCCCCAUUGUGUGCUAUGAUAUCUUAUUGGUUGUUCUCGCAGUUGUCAUCCUCGUGAGGCACCUUAAGGAACGGAGGGAAAUCCCAAUGAGAGCUAAUACCUAUAUGGUUAUGAUCGUUCGGCAUCAUAUCUUGUACUUUGUCCUGAAUUUGACAAACCAAAUCUUACUGGUUAUAUUAUGGGCUCAUAUUCCGGUCCUGGCGAUGACUCUCUCAGAGACUUUCAUCAAUACCGCGCCAUUUAUUCUCGCGCCCCGUCUUAUCAUUAGUAUCUGGGAUACGCAUGCCCGUGAUGACUGCAUACAUGUCAGUACGAUGUUCGAGGACUGUCUAUGUUGGACUUCUCCGCCGAGGUUGGAGCAGCACGAAAUGGACGCCGUCGUAUAAUUCUGGCAUGCUGGUUCCUCAGUAUGAAGAAAAAGUGAUUGGGGUCAAGUGGGGCAAAUUUCUGAAUGAAUAACUUACAGUUUUGUGUAGCGCCUGAUAGUGUAGU